UUUUGCGCCAAGUGUUUAUUUCAAAAUAUUUGGAGAUUUUAGAGAUAAAUGAGAGCGAGUUAAAGGCAAAUCUAACGGAGGAGAAUAUGGAAGAGGAAAGUAAUUCAUGGUCGACUACUAUAUUUUCAACAUCCACGGAUGCUCAAUCAUCGGAUUCUGGGAGUUCCUCAGACUUUGGAGAAUCUUCACUAACUUUGACUUCAAGUCAUCCUCAUACCUCCGGAUCGACAUCGACUUCUUAUCCAACCAAGGUUUUUUAA